AUGAGACAAUGUUUUGGCACAAGAACUCUGCCCUCUAGCAAACACAACCUGCUCCCGGCCACACAGAUAAGACUCAAUCAAACUGAGUGUUCUAGUGUAACUGAGUAUCCAAUGAUAGCCAUUAUCAGUAUUCUGCUGCUGGUUUCAAUUCCAAGUAUUCCUGCUGAUGUCUCCAUCAAUCUUUUAGACGAAGGACUAUGUAACGCUAGUGCUCCGGUGUUCCAUUGUGACUCUGUGACUUGCGUUACACAAGAUCUGUUGUGUAACGGCCUUCCAGACUGUCCUUCAGCUCAAGACGAAGGAGUUGACCAAUGUGGAUGUCUAGCCAACGAGUUCCGGUGCUCCAACAGCUGUGUGGCGCUUGUGCGUCGUUGUGACAGAGUCAAAGAUUGUCCACAAGGCGAGGACGAACUGGACUGUAAAACAUUCCUCUGUCCUGCGACACAUUUUAAAUGUGACAAUCACUUCUGCGUUCCUCUGCACAGUGUCUGCGACUUCCGUGACGACUGUGGGGAUGACUCUGACGAGACCAGCUGCUCUCACAGAUCAUGUUGGCACUCAGAGUUCAGAUGCAACAAUGGCGAAUGUCUACGUCCUGGAUCCCUGUGUGAUGGCGUCUUCGACUGUCAAGACCUCAGUGACGAAACAGACUGCGGGCCAGACUCGUUCGCUGACUGUGAGGACGGAACAAAGGUUCACAGGUACUACUGGUGUGACGGCUGGCCUCACUGUACACAAAACCACGCAGACGAACUGAACUGCAAGGAGUGCAACAGCUCUGACGAGUUCAGAUGUCCCAAUGGUCGUUGUAUCAGGAGAGCCAACGUGUGUGACUCACAGUGCGACUGUGUAGUCAACGCUACAGACUCUUCUUGUGCUGACGAAGUGGAUUGUGGACAUGUGUAUUCGGUGGACUAUGGAGUUGCUGUGUGUGAGUUAGGGGUAGCUCUAGGAUGUUUUGCCCCUCCAUUGCCCCAAAACGCAGGCAAAGUCCGCUGUAUUCAACCCCAGUAUCUGUGUGACGGAUCCAACGACUGUCACAACGGCAACUUCUUAUCAGACGAAUUCGGUUGUGGUAAGUAUGAUAACAGAAACUUCAAAUCAUUAGUGAAAAGGACCGAGAUAUCCAACAGAGUGACCGAGGUUGCUGCCAACUUCAGAUGUCUCGAUGGUCGCAAAAUGCCGGUGAUCACCCGAUGUGACAAGAAGAUUGACUGUCUCCACGGCGAUGACGAACUCAAUUGUCCUGAUAUGAAAUGCAAUGAGACACAGUUCACAUGUCUCAGUGGCCAGUGUAUAGACUUGUCCCUAAGGUGUGAUUUGGUCUACCACUGCUACGACCGAUCAGAUGAACACAACUGUCAUGACACGCCAUGCCCGCCAGCCACUCAACGAUGCCUGCUAGGAGGCCAAUGUCUACAGGAGACCAAAUGGUGCGACUACUAUCUGGACUGCCUAGAUGGAUCUGAUGAGGCUAAUUGUAGUACUGUUCCGUGUCAACCAAGAGACUUUGCCUGUGAUAACGGACAAUGUGUCAGCGGACAUCUCAGAUGCUAUAGUGACGGCAAGUCAAGAAGUGGUUGUGCUGAUAAUUCACACCUCAAAAACUGCAAGAACUGGACUUGCAGUGAAGACCAGUUCAAGUGCCGCAGUGGUCCGUGUGUCUCUCGCACUCUACUGUGUGACAACAAUAUCGACUGUCCAGAGACUUGGGAUGAUGAGGACUUCUGCCCGUUCCAGUGUUCUCGUCUACUACCGCAAUGUGAGUGUCAAGAUGUCCACAUCAACUGCACGGCCCGUGGUUUAACAGAUGUUCCAGCUGAUGCUGAACCUGAGAUCACCUGGUUUUACUUGGGCAGCAACAAACUAAACGAGACCCUGAACAACAGUUCUUUUCUUCAGCUUGCUAGACUUCUGUAUCUAGAUCUGAGCAACAACAGCGUCACUCAACUUCCCCCCAGUAUGUUUGUUUCUCUGUGGCGACUUACUGUGCUCGACCUACAUGAUAAUCAGCUGACCUGGCUGGCCAAUGGGACCUUCAACGGACUGGCUAGCCUCAACGGAUUGCACCUCCAAGGAAACAAAAUUGAAGCAAUUGAAUCUUACGCAUUCUACGGCCUGACUUCUCUCAAAACAUUGGAUCUUUCCAACCAAAGAGUCUGUGACAUUCAGCCCGAUGCAUUUGUUGGCCUUCGGAGUUUAACUGGACUAGACUUAUCGAGUAACCAAAUUUCCCAUCUGAACCAAGGAGUUUUCUCGGGAAUGCCGCACCUUCUGUUCUUAGACAUCAGCAAGAACCACAUACGAGUGAUCGAAGCCAAUGUUUUCAGAAGCACCCCUUCUCUCGACAAACUGGUCACUGAUGAGUUUCGAUUUUGCUGUCUCGCUCGACAUACAAGUCUUUGUCUGCCUCCUCCAGAUGAGUUCAGUUCGUGUGAAGACCUGAUGUCCAACCUGGUGUUGAGAUUGUGUGUCUGGCUACUGGCAGGAGUGGCUACCGUAGGCAACAUCCUGGUGAUCGUCUGGCGCACUAGAUACACCCAUUGCAACCAGGUUCAUUCCCUGCUCAUCACCAACCUCGCACUAGGUGAUCUCUUGAUGGGCUCCUAUCUGCUGCUCAUAGCUCUAGUAGACCGUCACUACAGAGGAGUCUACUUUAUCCAUGACUCUGCCUGGAGAUCUAGCCGACUCUGUGCUUUGGCUGGGUUCCUCAGCACUUUUUCCAGCGAGAUAUCCGUCUUUACACUUACUGUGAUCACACUUGACCGUUUCCUUGUGAUAAUCUUCCCGUUCAGAGUUCGUCGCCUGGAGAUGGCUCGCACUCGUCGCCUCAUGGUGUUCGGAUGGGCUCUUGCAGGCUUGCUUUCUGCUCUGCCUCUUGCUCAUCUAGAGUACUUCCACAACUUCUACGGCAGAUCAGGAGUGUGCCUUGCCCUUCACAUAACACCAGACAAGCCCAACGGAUGGGAAUACUCCGUAUUUGUCUUCCUCUUCUUGAACAUGGUAUCUUUCGGCAUCAUCGCACUAGGCUACCUGUGGAUGUUUGUGGCGGCGCGUACCACACAACUGGCAGUGAGCGGUGCCUCCCGUCGGACCACAGAGAGCGCUAUGGCGUGGCGCAUGACUUUGCUAGUAGCCACCGACGCAGCGUGCUGGGUGCCCAUCAUAGUGCUUGGGCUUGCGUCUCUGGCCGGGUUCACCGUUCCUCCUCAGGUGUUUGCGUGGGUUGCUGUGUUUGUCUUGCCAUUGAACGCAGCCCUCAACCCAGUACUGUACACUCUGUCUACUGCGCCAUUUCUCACCCCCGCACUGCUCAAGUUCCGACGAUCCUGCAAACUUAACAACUACUCGCCCAACUGUACACUAACUCGUAAAUAUGGAAGUGCAAGAUCUUCAGAGUUCAGCAACAACUCUGUUACUAAAAGAACGUCAAUAAGGUGGCACUCCCGGGUGGACACAGCUGUCUCGGAGCAUGGUGAGGUGGUACCACUGAGCCGUCUGGUCACAUGACACUCGCCUUCUGGGCGCUCCUCUCGCCACCGCAAUCCUCUCUACGACUGACCAAUUGUGCUCUCAGAACCAAUUCAUCUUGAGGAGUUGUUCAGUUUCUUAAUCCACAGUGUUUGUGGCUUGUGUGUUUUUCAGUAGUUGAAGAGAGACAUUUUAUGAGAGUAGUCUUUAACUA